AUGCAACGUCAAUUGCCGUUAGUGCCUGCCUACGCGUUUACAGAUUUCAAAUCUCAAGGUCAGACCAUUGAAUAUGUGUUGGUUGACAUCAGCAAGACAACAUGUUUUUCGUUGUCACCAUUUAACGUGUAUGUUGCAUUGUCCAGAAGCCAUGGACGAGAAUCAAUAAGGUUGUUGAGAGACUUUGAUAAAGAUUUAUUUCUUCGACAUCCAUCCGAGGAUCUGCGCAUUGAAGAUGGAUGCAUUGAUGAACUAGUAAAGGAUACUAAAAAAUUUUUUGAUGAAACACAUUAG